AUGUUCGUGUUGGAUAAUGGCGCUACUUCUGAGGCGUUUGCAAAAUUGUAUCUCAACGAAGAGUUAGCCGACGUUCAUUUUAAGUUCAACGUUGACGACAAAACUCAAAGGAUUCCAGCAAACAAAGCAAAUCUGGCCAUUCUCAGCCCCGUAUUUCGAACUAUGUUUUUUGGAUCGUUGACAGAAAAAGGAGAUGUUGAGAUUGUUGAUGCAUCCAUUGGUGCAUUUAAAGAGUUCCUUCAGCUCUUUUAUCCUCGUGAAGUGACUUUAACUAUGGAACAUAUCGAGACCGUUGCUCGUUUGGCCGAUAAGUAUGAUGUUUUAGAAUAUUUCAAUGAAUGUGUCGCGUCUCUCAAAGACCAACUGACACUGGAUAAUAUGUGUUGUGGAUAUCAAUUGGCUGUGAAUCUCGGCAAUGAAGACCUGAUCCAAUUCUGUGAGGACAAAAUUGCUAAAUCAACAACGGAUAUUUUCGCCACCGAUGCUUUUUUGCGUUGUGAUAGAGUUGCUUUGAAGCGAUUGUUAAAGCUGGAUCUAGCUUGCAUGGAAGUCGAUGUAUUUGAUGCAUGUUUGUCAUGGGCCAAACACACAUGUAAGCAAAACAAUUUGGAUGGAAUGCAACCGGAAAACCUGCGAAAUCAGCUGGGAGAUUGUUUACAUUUACUACGAUUUGGCUCAAUGCAAUUGGAUGAAUUUUGUAAAAGGUGCAUGUUACAUAGAGGUCUAUUCACCGCAACAGAGUAUGAAGAUGUUAUGUUUUCAAUAGCGUCGAAGGAGUAUCAACCGACUAUAUUCAAUCGAAUUCCUCGGCAUCUCAAAUGGGACGAGGACAAAAAAUUGGAACUUUCUCGGAGGACAUCAAAUCCAGAACCAGUAAAGUACGUUCAAUUAACAGAAGUCGCUUCAUUUUCAUCGAAUUGUCUCCUUUUACUGGGAGGAUUUCGUACAACAAUUUUACCCGAAUAUGUACCAACAAAAAAAUCGACCCAGGCAAAAAUAAUUAUCACCGAAAGCAAAGAUUUCAAGUUUCGCUCAGACGAUUCACCAAGGGUUCUUUAUCGCGGGACAUCUGAAUAUUGGAAUGGCUAG